AUGCCAGCAUUCACAGAUGAACGUCCAAAUUUUGACAAUUCUUUUAAUAAAAACAAAAUUUCUCCAAAUAAUAAUAUUAAAUUACCAGAAAUUAAUUUUAUUUAUUUAAAAGAUGAAGAAGAAAAUACUAAAUCUUCUAGUCCUCCUUCAUUAAAUAAAAAAUUAAAAACAGAUUGGAAAUCUAUUUAUAUAAGUACUUUAGUUACUUUUUGUUGUCAAGUUCAAUUUAGCCUUUUUUUAAAUUCACAAUUUGCUUAUAUGAAAAAUUUAGACCCACAAAUAACAGAAAUAUUUUUUGGAUUUGUUGUUGGUGGUUAUUCUUUAGUUCAAAUGGUAUUAACUCCUUUAGUUGGAAUUUGGGCAGAAAAAAUUGAACAAAUUAAAUUGCCUUUAUUAAUUACUAAUUUUUUUAUGCUGUUUGGAAAUAUUAUUUAUUUUUUUGUUGAAUUAUUUCCAAAUAAUUGGAUUAAAACAAUAUUUAUUAUUGCACGUUUAGUCUCUGGAAUUGGUCCAGCUCAAAAUAGUCUUUUAAUUUCUUAUGCAGCUUCAGCAAGUUUAGAUAAAGACAGAUCAACAGCCACAGCCUUCAUUACAGGCGGUAUAGCCUUUGGUGUUACAAUGGGACCAAGUAAAAAAAUAAAAAAAUAA